AUGCAUCUCCCUGAGGAUUUGGUAGUGGAGAUACUCUAUAGGGUUCCUGCUGUAUCUCUGGCACGAUUACGAUCUAUAUCCAAAGGAUGGAACGCUUUGAUUAAAAAUGGGAGAGUACUUGCUAAGAAGCACUCUGCUUAUGCUCCAAGGCAGCCUCCUCUGUUUAUCAUGUUGAUUGAUUUUAGGGUUUAUUUAGUGAGCGUUGAUCUCCAUGGAUUUGACAGUAACAACGUUGCCCCAUCUGCAAAGCUAACAGGUCAAUUCAGCCUAAAAGACCCUCUUUCAAAAGACGUUGAUAUACGUAACGCCUUUCACUGCGAUGGCUUAUUGCUAUGCAGCACCACAGACAACAGAUUGGUUGUUUGGAAUCCAUGUUCAGGGGCAACCAGGUGGAUCCAACCUAGACAUUCCUACGAUGAAUAUGACUGCUAUGCUCUCGGUUACGAUAAUAUAUCCUCCUGUUACAAAAUCUUGAGGAUGCAUCGUCGAUUUGUUGAUUACCAAUGGCGGCACACUUUGUCCGAAGUCUAUGACUUUGCUUCUAAUUCGUGGAGCAGUGUUGGUGUGAGUACUACUACCGACUGGUACAUACUACCGAUUCAUAGUCGUGGCAUAUAUGUCAAGGGAACUACUUACUGGCUUGCGUAUGGUCGAUUGGAUGAUCGUUUCUUAGUAAGUUUUGAUUUUUCAAGAGAGAGAUUUCAAAGUCUGUUUUUUCCGGCGGAUGCUAAUAUUCCCCGUGGGAAACAUGUGGUUUUAUCAGUGACUAGAGAAGAGCAACAACUUUGUAUGUUUUCUACUUGUGACUUUGCUAAUGAUGAGGGGUUCUUCUCAGAUGUAUGGAUAUCAACUAAGAUGGAGGGUACGGGAACCGUAUCAUGGACCAAGUCCCAUCGUUUUCACUCUAAGAUUUAUAUAACUGUCUCGGCCGACCAUGAGAAGAAAGUUUUAGUGUGUGAACAUAUACUUGGACCCUACCACAGUAUAGACAUUGUGGGAAACGUCUUACACAUUGUGGGAGAGGAUAUACACAUCAGACGAGUGAAUGUAUAUGGAGAAAUCAGAUGCCCAUUUCUCUUCACUUAUGUUCCUAGUUUGGUUCAAAUCCAACAAGCUAUCUAG